AUGGCCAGCAACUCCAGCGCACUGCCCCGGGUGACUUUCCAGACACCACAGAAACCUGGGGAGGGAUCAUCGCACAGGAAACUGGGCAAGUUAACCAUCAAGUACAACCGCAAAGACCUACAGCGCUGGCUAGACCUGGAGGAAUGGAUCGAUGCCCAGCUGCAGGAGUUGUACCAGUGCCGG